UAUAUGUAAAAACAGCAAAAUAAACAUAAACAACAAUAAAACAAAGCAAAAAAAAAAAAACAAGGAAAAUUGCUUUGGGGGGCAAACGCGAAGGCCGCCUUGCAAUGGAAUUAAAGACAAUGCCACAAAAUGGGGCCAAUGGCAACCCUCAACACAACAACAACAACAACAACACCAGUAACAACAGCAGCAAGCCAGAUAAUAAUAUGAAGGAGGCACAGCAAAAGGAUGCGGGACGCACGAAUUGGUCGAAUGGCCUGGAAUUCCUAAUGUCCUGCAUAUCCGUCUCUGUGGGCCUGGGCAACGUCUGGCGCUUCCCUUUCACUGCCUACGAGAAUGGAGGAGGCGCAUUUCUUAUACCAUAUAUCAUAGUGCUAUUCCUGAUCGGCAAACCCAUGUACUAUCUGGAGAUGAUAAUUGGACAGUUUACGAGUCAAGGCACGGUAAAGAUCUGGUCCAUAUGUCCGUCGUUUCUGGGCGUCGGCUAUGGUCAGGCCUUUGCCACAAUCUGCAUCGUUACGUAUUACUCAUCGCUGUUGGCCUUGACUCUGUACUACUUGUUCGUGUCGUUUCAAUCGGAGCUGCCUUGGUCCUAUUGCCGGGACGAGUGGGCCAACUGCGUGAACUCCAUACCAACCGAGUAUGUGGAGACUGCAUUGGCGAACACCACCUCGGCAUUGGCUCGGGAGGCGAAUAGCUUGACGAACGAUACCAAGCUGCGGAGCAGCUCCGAGCUCUACUUUCUUAAUGUUGUCAUCAAGGAGAAGUCGGACAUAUCAGAUGGCAUCGGUGCGCCCGACUGGAAGCUGACCAUUGCGCUGUUUGUCUCGUGGGUCGUCAUAUUCCUGGUGAUAAUGCGCGGCGUGAAGAGUUCCGGCAAGGCGGCCUAUUUCCUGGCCCUGUUCCCCUACGUCGUGCUCUUUGCCCUGCUGGGCCGAGCCGUCACCUUGGAGGGCGCCGUCGACGGCAUCAUCUUCUUUCUGCGGCCCCAAUGGGGCGAGCUGUUGAACCCCAUCGUCUGGAAGGAGGCUGUCGUCCAGUGUUUCUUCUCGCUGGCCGUGGGCUGUGGCCCCAUCAUCAUGUUCGCCUCCUACAAUCGAUUUGAUCAUGGCAUUUACAGAGACGCCAUGAUUGUCACCACCUUGGAUACGCUGACCAGUCUGCUGGGUGGCAUUACCAUAUUUGCCAUACUUGGAAACUUGGCGCACAAUCUGAAGGCGGACAAUAUCCGGGAUGUGGUGCGAAGUGGAACUGGCUUGGCCUUCAUUUCAUAUCCGGAUGCGAUAUCGAAAUUUCAGGCGGUGCCGCAGCUCUUCUCGGCGCUCUUCUUCUUCAUGCUGUUCGUGCUGGGCAUCGGAUCGAUUGUAGCGCUGCAGAGCACAAUUGUGACCAUCAUCUGUGAUCAGUUCAAGUCGUGGAAGUAUUGGAAGGUAGCGCUGGUCACAUCCAUCUGCGGUUUCCUCAUGGGCUUGGUCUACGUAACGCCGGGCGGUCAAUGGAUCCUGACCCUAGUCGAUUUCUAUGGAGGAACCUAUGUGGUCUUCAUAUUGGCCAUUUUCGAGCUGUCGGGCAUUAUGUGGAUAUACGGCCUUGAGAAUUUUUGCGAUGACCUCGAGUUCAUGAGCAACAAGAAGGUUUCACUGUACUGGCGCCUCUGUUGGUCCUUCUUCACGCCAGUUAUGAUGAUCGUGAUAUUCAUCUACUCGAUGGCAACUAUAAAGCCGAUCAAAUACAGUGAACUCUACUUUCCCGUUGCUGGCGAUGUUGCGGGCUGGCUGCUCUUCGUUGUGGGCGCUGCCCAGUUUCCGCUCUGGGGCUGGUGGUACAUCUCGACCCACAGGCGUGGCAGCUUCGCCAAGUCGUUCAUGGCCUCGUUGAGGCCCAGCAGCAAGUGGGGUCCUGCGAAUCCAGAGCAUCGUCACGCUUGGCUGCUCUUCAAAAGCGAUUUGGCUGCCAAACGGGCGAACCAAGCGAAAUCGAAUAAGUUUGGCUUCUUCCAGCAGAAGCUGCGCAACCUGUGCGGCAAAUAGGCCCAGAGAUUAAACAGAUUGUACUGUCCAUAUAAAACCAAUCAAAAAGCACAAAGAUUUUCACAACUGAUUGGUCAGAGCUCUUUCUUUAUGUAUGUGUAUUUAA